AUGAAGACAUACAUCUGGAUUGCGCUGCUGGUGGCAAUUGCCGGUGUUAGUGCUCAGCCCACUGCUGAUAUUUUGCGCUAUUUUCAGAAUCCUGAGCCACAUAUUACACUAAAACCCAAAAUUACUACGGCAGAUCGCAUUGCAGCCCAUGGCUAUCCAGCAGAAACUCAUGGGGUGAUUACAGAGGAUGGCUAUAAUAUUACCCUCUUUCGCAUACCCUAUUCCCAUAAAUUGCAAAAUCAAAAUGCCCAACGUCCCAUUGUUCUGCUGCAACACGGUUUGCAUAGUAGUUCGGAUGCCUGGAUGGCUGUUGGUCCAGAUGAUGGCAUCGGUUUCAAUUUAGCCGAUGCUGGUUAUGAUGUUUGGUUUGGCAAUGCUCGUGGCACCACCUAUGGGCGUAAUCACAUAUCGAAAUCCACAAAUCAUCCCUACUUCUGGCGUUUUAGUUGGCAUGAAAUUGGUCAAUAUGAUAUUGCGGCCAUGAUUGAUUAUAUCUUGGUCGUAAAUGGUCAGGGCCAAAAGGCCAUACAUUAUGUGGGCCACUCGCAGGGGACCACUGUUUUCUUCGCCUUGAUGUCUACCCGUCCUGAAUAUAAUGAGAAAAUUAAAACCGCCCAUAUGUUGGCCCCAGUGGCCUAUAUUGGUAAUAUGUCGGAUAAAUUUGUGACGACCUUGGCACCGAUUUUGGGCCACCACAAUGCCUAUGCUGCCUUCUUCGAUAGUCAAGAGUUUAUUCCACACAAUGAAUUGUUUACGAAACUGCUCUAUAAUGCCUGCUCACCAAAGUCCAAAUUACAUGGACUGUGCAGUAGCAUCGCUUAUUUGGUCGAGGGCUCGGAAAGUAAUAAAAAUAUGACCGCUUUGCCCAUCAUACUUGAAACCCACCCUGCUGGAGCCUCCACCAAUCAAAUGUGUCAUUAUAUGCAAGCACAACAGUCGGGUUGUUUCUGCCUCUAUGAUCAUGGUCCGAAAAAGAACAUGGAACUAUAUGGUCAAGCCACACCACCUGAGUAUCCUGUAGAGUGGAUUACUUCCGAAGUCCAUCUCUGGUACAGUGACAAUGAUGACUGGGCUCAUUUGGACGAUGUUGAACGUUUGGCUGUCAAAUUACCCAAUCGUAUUAUGCAUCACAUGGAAGACCCCACAUGGGCCCAUGGUGAUUUUGCAGUACACAAGGAGGUCAAGAAAUAUAUCAGUGAUCCAAUUAUUGAAAUUAUGAAUAAAUAUGAAAAUUUAAAUGAAUAAAAAAUG